GAUUAUUGCUAUACAAAUUUAUUUUUUCAUUUGUAUCGUUCUUUUUUAGUUUCAGUGGAUGAUUUAAUUCAAGGUGCGUUAAAUCUCGUGCGUCCCAUCAUCGACACAUCGAAACCACUUGAUGAUGUUGCAAUUUUGCCUAAACGGAUUUUAUCGAAUCAAAAUCUGAUUAGAGAAAAUGAAAUUCUUGGUGCUUCGCGUCGUACAAUACUUGGCGAUAUUCCGAUAUGUAAGGAUAAUGCACGAAUUUGCCAAUUUUUGUCGUGUAGCGCUAAAAAAUUUAAAAAUGACGAAUCAUUAGCAAAUUUAAAAUUAAUUGCGCAAAUUUUGGCCGAUAAAAAGUUGAGGAAAGUAAUCAGCAGCGAUCCUUCAGCAAUACAAGCAGCAUGUCACGAAUAUGGAUUAAGUCAAGGACAAUGCAAGUUAUUUGCAAAAGCUUUUCAACUCAUAGAAAGAUUCAUCUCGACGAUUGAUCCAUCCGAAGAAAAAUUUGACGAAAAACCGAUAUCAAAUAGUGAGUCAAGUUUAAAUCAUCAGCAGCUGGAGAGCAUGGACGACAAUAUGGAUGAUGCCCCACCUAUACCGAUUCCAUCGGGGAGAAAAACACCUGAAAAUGAUGAUGUGCCAAUUCUUGGUUCCAGAACAUGGUCGUCACAUCCGGCACCUGUCGGUGUUGUUGAGAAUCAGAUAAGACUGCCUCCUCCUUCUCCUCUUAGUUUGCCAACGUUCCCACCUCUUAUUUUUACCUUUCCCAGCUUUACUUUUCUACCGACGUUACCGACAUCAAGUCCGAUAAAUUUACCAAAUCCUAUCUUGGCAAAUCCACAGGACUCCUUUAAAAAUUUGUUCCUAAACGUUUUUCUACCACCAAAAGCAAUUCAUCCACUUUCUCGAAAACGAAGACAUAUUGAUUUUAAUAGACGAAAACAUCAAAUGAAUAAUGCUAAGAAUAGCUAUCUUGAAAACCCGGGAAAGAAUGGCAUAGCAAAAAACGUUUAUGGAUAUAAAAAUCGUUGGAAAAGAUCAGAUUAUUAUGACGAUAUCGAUGAUGGAACCACGAAAGCAAUUAAUCAUAAAUUAGUUAAACUCGGAAUUCUCGGAGCUCAAACCGAUUAUCCAGAUUAUUCAGGAACUGACGCCGAAGAAAAUUUGGUAGAUGGUUUCGUUGAAUGCAUUCAAUAUCUUUAA